CGCGCCGCCGUCCCCUGCGCCGGAAGUUCCUGGUCGGGCCCGGCCGUAACCUUGGCGUCCGGGUAACCGCGCCAACGGAGUGCGCUUUGCAAACUGUGGCCUCCCCGCAGCCCAGGACUGAUAGGGACCCCGACACGCGGAGGGUUUUUAACGGCGGAGGACGUUGAGAACUCUAGGAGGAGACAUCGCGGGCGCACGUUCGCCCCGCAAACAUGUCUCUAGUGGCGGAAGCCUUCGUCUCCCAGAUCGCAGCUGCAGAACCCUGGCCUGAAAAUGCUACAUUAUACCAGCAACUAAAAGGAGAACAAAUUUUGCUUUCUGACAAUGCAGCUUCUCUUGCUGUGCAGACCUUUCUGCAAAUGUGUAACCUACCAAUCAGAGUGGUUUGUAGGGCAAAUGCAGAAUAUAUGUCUCCAUCUGGUAAAGUACCUUUCAUCCACGUAGGAAAUCAAGUGGUAUCAGAACUUGGUCCAAUAGUACAAUUUGUUAAAGCCAAGGGCCAUUCUCUCAGUGAUGGGUUGGAUGAAGUCCAGAAAGCAGAAAUGAAAGCCUACAUGGAGUUAGUCAACAAUAUGCUGCUGACUGCAGAGUUGUAUAUUCAGUGGUGUGAUGAAGCUACAGUAGGGGAGAUCACUCAUGCUAGGUAUGGCUCUCCUUACCCUUGGCCUCUGAAUCAUAUUUUGGCCUACCAGAAACAGUGGGAAGUCAAACGUAAGAUGAGAGCUAUAGGAUGGGGCAACAAGACUCUGGACCAGGUCUUAGAAGAUGCAGACCAGUGCUUUCAUGCACUUUCUCAGAGACUGGGAACACAACCGUAUUUCUUCAAUAAACAGCCUACUGAACUAGAUGCACUGGUAUUUGGCCAUCUCUACACCAUUCUGACCACACAACUGACCAAUAAUGAACUUGCUGAGAAAGUGAAAAAGUAUACCAAUCUCCAUAGUUUUUGUAGAAGAAUUGAACAGCACUACUUUGAAGAUCGUGGUAAAGGCAGCUUUUCAAUCAGAUUGUGUUAGAUUAAUGUGUUAUUUUAGUUACUACUUUUAAGUGUAAUUUUUGAAAUAUGUUACUUGAGUGUAAGAUAAUAUUCGAAUCUUAAAGGCACUGCUUUUCAAAACCUCGAAACAGAUUAUAUGACACAACCUACACAUGAACUUUGUACUGUUAUGUGUGUACCUGUUAAAAAUCAUUCUGAAUGAUGUUAUUUGAUAUGCUGUACUCUGUAUACUCAAAUUUUGUUUCCCUGAAAUAUAUGUGGACCUAAAAAUAAAGCUUCAGCAACUGUG